AUGUCAGCAGCCGAUCUGUUCAGACAUGAUCGAGCUGAUUCACAACGCGUACGCGUCUGCAGCUGCCUUGGUGAUCGCUGUAAUGGUUCAUUGUCUGGCAGUCGACAACCGGAUACAGUGGUGCUACUUGUCUUGCUGCUCACCUGCCUGUUGAUACGGUAG